AUGGAGAAUGAAGGUCACGCCCCAUACAUGAAGGAUUCUUUAGUCACUUCAGAUAGAGAAAGAGACAGUGAUCUGGAUGAGAUUGGAGAUGAUGAGGAGAUGCUGCUGCUACAAAUGGUGGGAUCUAACACUGAACCUGUGUCACCUAAUCUUAAAGCCGUUCUGGAAAAGGAUUCAGAGCCAAACUGGACAACCAAACAAAUACAUCCGGCUCCCCUUGUGAAACGCCCUCGGAGCUCUAGUAUUGACCUGACAGCUUUCUCUUUUGCCAGACCUGCCCCUCAUGGAAGGUCAUUUACUUUUCAACCGACACCCAAGCGAGGGUCCACUAUCCCGGUACCUCACAAUAAUACACAAGUGAAUCAGGAGAGACAUAGAGCCUUUAGAGUUCCAACGCGGAAUAAUCAAUCAAAGUAUCCCUUGAAGCAAUGCACUGCAAAGUGGCAGUCAUGUGUCACUGAGCGCCCAGCACAGGAGGGUGGGAGAAAUGUUUCAUUGUCUCCUACGAAUAACAAGUCUAGAGUCGUGAAGCACCGUCGCAUGACUGGGGAAAGAGUAAUUUCAAGGCAGUCGGCUUUUGCUCUUGCCGAUAGCGGUAGUACGGAAUUAUCGGAGGAGGAUCUAUUCCAGCUUCUGAUCGCAAAAAUGAAGGUCAGAGAAGAGAAGGACGUUGCUGCUUCCAGUGUAAGACAACAGAUGGAGGCUAAUAUAUCAGAACUGACGGAGGAAAACAACGCCUUGAGAAGCCAGCUCGAGGUUGUCAGUGGCGAGAUCCAAAGCAAGAUCUUGGAAUCCAGAGAGUAUAAGUCUCAUUUGGAGGCUUGGAAGAAGAAGCUAGCGAAGUUCAAAUACAUCCUCAACGAGCUGGGGUCUGGUUAUGAAGCCCUUCGCGGUGAAGCGACUCAGCUAAAACUAACAAGGGUAUCUCUAAACAAAGAAAGAAAUGAUAUUAAAGAUGAGAUUACGGAAGCAAGAGAGAGACUACUUCAAUCCUCUAGUGUCGUUGAAAAGAGUCAAAGCCACCUCCUUGAAUCACGGGCUAUGGUCAACUCAAUGAAACAGGCUUUGGUGAACGCAGAGGAAAAGACAAAUUCUGCUCAGGAGCGGCUAUCUGAUGAAAAGAAAAGGUCUAGGUUGUUAGAAACGUACAUACAGGACAACUCACGUCUCCAAGCGAAAAAGAUAAACCUUAUCAGGGCUGACCAGCUUGGAAUGCUAAAGAAGCUUGAUUCUGAGUUUGAGACUGUAGGAAAGCAAGUUGAGAUAUCCCAAGCAACCGUCCAAUCAAUCUUGAGACAAAUCCUCGAAGAGUAUCAUAUGUCAUUCAAGCACAUGAGUGCGAACUCCAUACGGGAGAAGCUAGACGUACAGCAGUGUAAAGCGACUGUUCAAGAUUGUCUAUUUCAAAUUAAAUCUCUUGCGAAUGCGUUGAUGACAACUUCACAAAGGAGCUCUGAAGUCAAUGAAGAUAGGACACAGCGUUUGACAGAGCAGCUCCAAUUUGUUUGCGAAACUCUUUCAACAAAUGAAGCCAGAUGUAUCAGUCUACACGAAAGGCUUGAAGAUUGCGUCUCGAGUAUUGACAAGCUCUGUGCUUUUCUAGAUGUUAUCCAGAAUAGAGAGAACGGCCUCGCUCAGCAAAUAGAACAUCUUGAAUCCCGACUCUUUGAAGUGCAAAUCCCAGAAAAAUCCGAGCCUACGGCCGCGGAGACUCAAGAAAGGGUAGAGCUUGAACUAAAGAUUCAGCAACUAUCAGCAGAGCUGAGUAGAAGCGAAGAAAAGCUCCUGAGCAGAACUGCCGAGAAUGAAGGAAUUAGACUUUCAUUACUGGAAGCUGUUACGAAGGGUCAGGAAGCAGAAGCACGCGCAAGUAACCUUGAAUCAGAAACUACUACACUACGAGCUGAAGUGGAGGCCAUAGAGACCAAGGUUCGCGAAGAACUUAAUAGGGCCAGCGUUAUUGCCCGAGAUCAACAUAGAGCCAAAUACGAACAGCAGAUACAUGAACUGCUACGGGAGAAGGUUGAACUCAACAAAGGUAUUCAGAAGGUCAAACAUGAGUUGUUGAAAGUGCAAAAGGCGUUAUUUGUAGAAAAGGAGAAUCAGAUUCAAGCCCUCGGGAGAGAUUGUAUCGAGAAAGACGCCUUACUUGCGGAGAAAGAUGCCGACAUCAGCCGACUUCGAGAAAUGGAAACGUUGACUGCAGCGCUGAAGUCAUCCGUGCAGGGACAGCUCAACGAUGCCAAUGCAAAGAUCGCUAGUCUCGAAAAGGAGUUGACUAUCGUCAAGGAAGAAACAUGUAUAUCAUCUCAGAUGUCACAAGACAAACUUGACACAUUUCAGAAAGACCUCCUGGCGAAGGAAGAAGAGUGUACAAGGAUCAAAAAGGAGCUCUCAACGGAGAUAUCAGCUAGAUUAAACCUCGAGAGUGGGAAGUCGAAGGCAAAGUCUGAAAUACACACAUUGCUUCGACGAGUUCAAGAUUCAGAACACUGGGUGAAAAAAAUAAAAGAUUUGCUUGGCCAGAUGGAUGCCAUAUCACCAAAGGAACUCUCUCCAGAAACGUGGAAGAGAUUGAUGACCCUUCUACAACCAGCAGAAUUGGAGACAUUAGACUUUACCACAUGGCAUGAGCCUACGGACCGAGGUCUAAGCCAGUGUGGUAAUGAAAAUGAUGACAAAUGUGCUCCCAUUGUUUCAACUCCCCAGCCAAGCUGUGGUGUCUCUGAAAAUGACGUUGUCCAAACAACAGAAUUGAUCUACCGGACGCAGAGCUUCCAGAGAGGUGUAUAUUCCUCCCCAAUCAAGGACGAUUUGAAAGCUGGAAAGUUCGAAGUGGCUGAUAGGAAGUCUCCAUGUGUCCCGGAAACACAGCAGUCCAACAGCAUCGUACCAUUUUCAAGCAUCCGACAGCUAUCACCGGCUUCGUGUUCGAUUUCUGAACAAGAUCAUGGCGAUAUUGCGGCCAUGCUAGUUCCGACACCGGACAAAGAGUUCGCCACAGAGAAACUUGGCACUCUAAGUGAUUCAAAUGGAGGUAGUGAUGUGGCAGCCGGCACUUCUAAGAAACAUGCUACGGUGAAAACGGAGGACAUUAAAACGCAAGCGGGGGAACUCGGGCCACUGGAGAGAAAGAAUCAUCAUCUUGAGGCCGACCAGCCAAUUGGUCAGGAUACUCAAACCACCGAAGAGAAGAAAAACGUUGUAGUAACGCCAAAGGCAGUUACAUUUGAAACCCAGAAUCCAUCAACAAGUGGAGAGAAACGUAAGGCUCCGGACUCUGAAAACGGUCACGACCAGGGAAGCACAUUGCAGAUGCCGUUUCUUGGAAGACCCGUCCGAAUGAGCCGACGAACUUAUAGCAGGAGCCGGCAGAUAUCUCAAGUGCGCAGCCAGGAGCAGUUCGCAAAUCAGGAUUCUUUUUAUCCUUCGAGCAGUAAUACACUGGAUCGCCAUAGUGCUGGGGGUAUGGACUCCGUCGAUAACAAAAGAGCAAGGGUUUCGACCUCACCCCAGCGCAGACAACAGACGAGGACUAAUUCUAGGUUUGUCGAGCGCAAGGCGAGUCCUACGAGUCUCGCCUCUGGUAGCAGCCGCUAUUCUUCCUUGAAUGGGAGCAGCCGCCCUAAUAACCAAAGAUGGUCAGCUCGUGGAGGAAGGAGGACCAGAGGUAAGAACCUACCCGCUUAG